AUGUGUGUCUUCCCUGAAGCUCAGAAAAAGGCGUAUGAUGAAUUGGACGAGGUUAUUGGUCACGAUAGAAGCCCAGACUGGUCAGAUGAAGCUUGCCUGCCUUAUAUCGACCCCAUCAUCAAGGAGACACUACGAUGGCGAUCGGUGACAAUUCCUGGUGGAAUCCCACACGCUCCUAUUCAGGACGACAUCUACAACGGUUAUCGUAUUCCGGCUGGUACAAACAUAACUGCGAACCUUUGGACCAUCCACCGUCAUUCUCGCGAGUUCCCAGAUCCGGACAAGUUCGAGCCCGAAAGGUAUUUGACUCCAAAACCCGCGAGCCCGAGUUCGAUUUCGAUCAUCAGUCCAAGAUCGAAGAUGGUAGUUGUAGUGGAUUCCUCGAAAGGUACGGCAUCGACUUGA